AUGGGAAAUGGAUAGUGUUGCAAAAAAGUAGAAAGAGUUGAAACUUUAGAAGUUGAUAAUACUCCUCCUUAAAACAUUAAACAUGCCACGCAUUAAGAAGAGCAAUAAUAAAUGUUUUCAUUAUCUGAUUCAGAUGAAGAAUAUUAACCUAAAAAACAACAAUAGUUUGGAGUUUUCAAAGAAAGACAAAAAACAUCUUAGCUAUCAACUGGCUAAUAGUAUUCUUUUUAAACUCUUCCAUCUGAAUAACAAUUCUCCAAUUUCAUUACUUUUCAAGCUAUCCCAUCUCAAUAAGGAAUUUCUAAUAAUGUAUUCUCCAAAUUUCAUAAAGAGAUGAAUGAAUUUGCUAGUAAAUAAAACAAAAAUUAAAAGAACUUGUUAAAAUAAUGA